UUUUUUUUUCUUUUAAAGUCUAGUGAUCUGUAAGAUUAUUCUCAGACGAAGGAAAGGGUGAUAAACAGACCAACCAAUGUGAGAUCACUAGAACUGAUCAGAAAUUGUAGAAAUCAGAACUGUUAAUAUGAACAAGUAUCCCCUCAGUACACCAAAGUAGGCCCAGACCUGCACUGAGACUUGACUCAGACUGUUAGUUCUUGGCAGUUCUUGUAUGUUAUUACACUUCACUACGUUGUGUUUCGAUUCGGAUAAAUUUUCAGUUGAUACACAUAAAUAAAAUAAUUUUUGAGAUACUAUUUUUAAUUUGUUUAUCCAUUAUGUUGAGCUAAAAGAUAGAAAAAAAAUAACCAAAACAAUGUAACUUGUAUGUACAGAAAUCUUAAAACAGAAACUUGUAGUAUCGCGAGGAAGGAUAUCGUUCUAGAAAAGGAUAAUAUAUCACAAACCGUCAGAAACUGACUUGAAGAUUGUGACGUACGGUGAGGUCGUCGAUUACUAUGUCGUGAAACCGUAUUUUUUAACCAGUUUGUAAUUUUAUAAUCUGUUUUCCAAUUUGAGUGGUUAUUUUAGAAUAUAACUAUUUGUGACUAAUCGUGUAAAUGACGGAAUAUAUCAAAAAAUGAUGCAUCAAGUUUACAAGACACUUCCUGAUGACAGGCCAAUAACUAGUAUUCAUGUUGUUGAAGAUCCAGAUAAAUGUCCUCAAGGGUUUUUUGUGGUAUCAAGAACUCAUGAUCAAGAUUCAGAUGCUGACCUGUGGCGUGAAGGGAGGCUGCUAGGGCGAAGAGUGACCAGAUAUCUUUGCCUUUCCAAAUCUGAAGGAAUAGCUGAUUAUAUUGUUGAGACAGUUGUUGUUACAAAUGAGAAAGAAAUUCCUCCAGAUGGUUAUUCAGUUUUAACCCGAACUGCGGAUUCAGAACAACGAGCAUGGCGCAAACGACAACUUUGCUACAAAUUAAGCAAACCCUCCCUUGCAAAGAGCAUUGUAACAGAUAUUAUCAUUUUAAGUCGCAUGAAACGGGCUCCUGAAGGAUUUUCUUUAGCUGGAGACAUAAAUGGAGUUACUAUUUGUUACAAAUGUGGUAGUAUUAAUAAUGAACAAGCCAACAAACCCAUAUCACCUAGUCAACUUAAAUACAGCAUUACACCUACCCAGAACAGUGCGCAAAGUCCUCCUCCGGUGCCUCCUCGGUAUCCCAAACCUGCACUGAAUGGUGUGGCAUAUCCACCUGCUCCAGUUGAGUCUCCAUCUUUAGAUUACAUGCAAAUUUCUUUGAAGCCCUCACGACCUGCUCCUAAACCACCAGGAAAUAUAGGAGAGUCUGUAUCCCCUGGGAAAUAUGCUACAAUUGCAACAUACAGUGGUUUAGAAGGUGUGCCAUUUGUCCUCAGUUCAAGUAUUCUUAUGCUUCCAGAUGGUCUCUCUGCUCAGUUACCUGUGAUAAAAUCUAAAACCAAAUACCAAUUGGAUCAAGAGUAUCACUAUGAUUUUCGCAUUGAAAGGCAAACGUGAAAUGAUUGCAGUGGACAGUAAACUAUGUGAAGACUAGAAGAUGAUUUGUGAAAUGUGCAAGAUUAAUAUAUUGAUUUGUUAGUGUGAUUUGUAAUUUUCAUUUUCAUGUUACCCUUUAUUUUAUUGUAAAUAUUUAAUGUGAUUUUAUAACAAUGGUAUUGAGAUGUAUCAAUUGUGCCAGGAUUAGUAUGGUUCAAUAGUUUUUAAAUACAAAUUAAGGAGUCAGUGCUCUGAAUAUCUGCAAAUUAUGACACCUUAGUGAAUUACAGUUGAAAGCUUGCAAACUAUUCCAAUGUAAAGAAACUUCUUUCAAGUAUAUAAAAAUAAAAGUUGGUCAAUCUCAGCCAAAAAUACUAGUCUAGGGAGUUCAUGGAACUUAGUAAUCAAUGAAGAAAUUGUACUUUUUAUAUUAAACAUUAAAUGAAGUGAAAUGAGUGUUCAGUGAUUGUAUUGCACGAACCUGUUAACCCUCAUACCAUAUCUGGAUUCUUUAAAUACAAAGUCUGACUACAGGUAAACAACGUACUGCUAAGUGUAAAUAAUUGAAAAUACCCUGUUACCGAGGGGGAAAAAAAUGCAUAAAUAGAAUGUUGGUGCCAUCCUUUUCCAAUCGCAUCAAGCUGAUAUUUGAAAUAAUGGGAAAAUAAAGACCUCUUUUGAAUGUAACAUGACAUGGAUUGGGUU